AACAAGUAACACAUCACCGGCAACAUAAAUUGCGUAACAUAUAAAUGUGAUUCAUUUAACCAUUGUCACUUAUAGGCAUGAUUAAAGAAAACCCACAUCCUUCUUUGAUAAUCGCAAAAAUAUUUUUUUUCCCACUGAUUAUUGCAGCUUAAUAAAAGCUGACCCACAUUUGUGGCCUUAAAAAUAAUAUGAUCUAAUUCGAGUCAUCUGACUCAAGUCAUGUGGAGAUUAAGUAAAAUGGCGACCUCAAUCACAACUUUCAGCUUAUCUUCUCUGACAGUUUUGUUUGGUGCUUUUGUCUGCAACUCAUUAUGCACGGACAAACAAGAAACACAACUUAUUCAUGUAUCAGACAAAUAUUUAUCGUAAUAGAAAAUACGCCGGGAGCCCAUGUUCAGCAAUGGAAGAAGUUGAAGAAGUUACUUUCUCCUAUUAUUUGCCAGCUGGCUGUACUGGAAUAAGAUACACAGAAACUGGAGGCAAAUUAGACCCAUUGUGUUUAGUUGACUUGGUGUGUGCGGCUGAUGAGAAUGAAUAUUGUAAAGAAAGGAAAUCUCUUCAAGACAGAUCAUGUCUUCAACCGAGUCAGUUGAGACCAUUUGGGUAUGGACUCUUGAGGCAUGGAAAUAUGUUUGAAGAUAUUCAUUCCUACUUCAAGAUGUAUCUAUUUAAACCAACCCCCAAAUUGAUCCAGCCUGCAAACAGACCAGAGCCAGAACAAAAUAGAAAUUCAAAUUUCAGCACUCCAUUAAUAAACGAUACACAAAAUGCUGUGACACCCAGAACAGAGCAGGAGAUUUUAAAUUAUACAUAUGCUGUUCUGUGUGCAAACUAUCCCUUUUUGGUUCUUUCAAUAUGUGGCAUUGUAAAGAAUUCUCUAGACAAUGGUCAGAGCAGUUUUAGAUAUUCUAUGAUCUUCCAACCUGUUUUUGCUGAAGAAACCAACUUGAAAACUGUCUCACUGCAACUGAUAUUCUACUUACGAAGUGCCUUUGGCUUUCAAAUGUCUGAACAUACUGCUUCACUGAAUUCCAAACAGCCAGAAUUGUUGCUUGCUGAUGAUUUAGGGACAAGACUGAGUUUGCUUGAGCGCAACGUCAAUACAUUUUAUCAACCAGAGCAAUUCACUAAUAAUAACUAUGAGAAUUGGAAAAAAGAAGAAAGGUCACUCCUUGGUUUUUUACUUCAAAUGAUUGGUCGAAACAAUAUUCCAAAAGUCAAGGACGACUCUACUUUAAGAUUGAGUGAAAUACACAGCCAUUAUCAAUGUUUGUCUGAAAGGCUAUUUCUUUAUGAUAAAAAAUGCCUGGAAAUGACUGGGAAUCAGCCGUAUGUAUAUUCCAACUAUUCUGCUUACAUCUUGGAAGAGUUUGGUCUUCGUUACGGUGUGGGUUUCCUUUACAGGCUCAUUGUUUACCUUGAUUUACUUGUGAAAUAUUUUGAUCAAAAAUUCUCCAAGAUUAAACACAUAUAUCACACCCUUCAGACUAUCUGGUCAACAUUUCCUGAGGACAAACAAAAUUUGACUGCCACUCAAAAAGAAAUUGAAAUGCUACAAGAGAUCCUGUCAAAAUUCUUUUUGAAUGCUGCAACAUUUUUGCAUGUGAUUAUCAAAUCGGAACAAACAGAUGCGGAAGCAAUUGAUUCGAUGAUAAAAUCUUUUAAUAUCCUCCACCAGCUGAGUAAAUACUUGAACGACAUUCCAAACAUGUUGGAAAUGAAGACCGAGAUAUAUUGUAUGACUCAGAGAAUGUUUCUUAAGCUUUACGAAGAUGCCUUAACCAAAUUCUCUAAGUCAUCUUCCUGUGAGAACUCCAAAGCUCAACUCACUCUGACGAAGAUUUCCGAUGUUAUUAAUUGUCUGGAACAAGAGAUUUGUUUAAUUGAAAAGUUUAAGCCUUCGUUUGAGUUUGACAUUGUAGAUGAAGCCAAGAAAUGUUUAUUUAAAUAUUUAAUGAAUGACAUCCAGAAUAUAUUUAGAAACGAAAACAUUACGGCAGAAAAAGUGGAUUUAUAUCAUCUGGUCGAACAUAUCUACCAUUUGGAUUCCUGCUGGGGUACAAGUUUGUCAGAAAAUUUAAAUAUUUGGAAGGUAAUGUUGAUGCCAUCUGUGAUAGAAAAAGUGAAAGAAACCUACCAGACUCUUUGUAAAAUUACUGAAAAAUCUUUAACACUUGAUCAGUUUAAACCUGAAUUAUUUUCUGUUGUUGAGAAAAGCAAUGAAAUGUGUGGCAAAAGCUGUGUUCCUCAGUUGAUGGGUUGGAAGCAUGUCCUCAGCUCAGUGGUCAGCAAUGCUGAAGUAAUCUCUUUGGCAAACUCCAAAACUCACCCUUUACUUUCAAUGAUGCCAACAAACUCUUUGCUUAUGUCGCAGAAAGAGAUGGAACUGAUUCUAAAAUCCAAGCAGAAACAAGAAGACAAAGAUGAAACAUUCCAGAGAUUAUGUAAAGAAGCUGUUAUCAGAAAUUGUUGUAGAUCUAAUUCUUCUUAUAACCAAAUAUCUGCAAGUUCUUUACAUCUAGCUUUUAAGAUGGAAUCUAGUCUGCCCAGGUUAGUUUUGGAUAAGAUUUCAAUAUCAGACUCAACCGAUGAACAUUCGACCACAAAUAGUGUGAUAUCUGUUUCUUCUUCAUCUAGUGAAGAUGAAUUAGUCAAAGAGAGUAACCAAGUCUGGAAACAGUUCCUGCAGAGUAAAGCAACUCCUUCAGAUGAAGAAGAAGCAUAUCACCAAACACCCUCCCACAAAUGCAACCAUUCUACUGCCAAAUCAACUUAUACAAAUGCAGAUUCUUCAACCCAGAAAAGUCGGAUUCAGUUAUGUUUUGCUGCCGAUUAUGCUUCACUUCCCAAAGAAGAACAAUUUGCUGUGUUUUUACCCAUGUCCAGUUCUGUUAUUGAUAUUAUUACUCAACUAAAUAGAUUUCUUCAUCUUGGAAAAUACUGGCAUCAAAGACUCUGUACCUCUCUCUCAUCAUGUAGCAAGUCUUGGAUGAACUCUGGAACCAUGGAUUUGUACAAUACUUUUCUGGAAUUUGGAAUACUUUUGAUUGUUAAUUAUGCUCGGAGUCUGUUAAAAAUAGAUGCAGUCAAUUUUUUGAAAGAAAAUCCAAAAGCUGGAAUGAAAAUUCCAAGUGACACAAUUUUGAGAGAUUCUGACCAACUUUUCAAGAAUUUUGAAACGAAAAAUUCACUUCUAUACCAACAGUUCUCAUCAUUCUAUUUUACAAAAAAAGUUGAAACCAGAGAGAAAAUCCUCACAGAAAUACAACACUUGAUUGAAAUGGUAGUAAAAGAUCGUUAUUCUAAACAGUUAUGUGUCCGGUUAAACAAUCUGUCAAUGCUGGUGAAGUUGAUGUCAGUAUAUUGUGAAUCUCUUACACGUAUCUUCCAUGUGAAGAAAAUAAAAAUCUCUUUAAAUUCUGAAACCCCAGAAAACUAUUGUUGUAAACUACCCCAUGUUGUUAACUGGUUGUGUCACUGUCAGGAAGAACUCUCCAAGAUUUGGGUUACUCAAUGCAAAAUACUUGCUUCAAUGGUUUCUCAGUUCCUCAGCAAAUCUGUCAAAAUGGUAUUGUCUUCAUGCGUGGAGAAGAGUGUUCUUGGAAGGAAGCUUGGUCCCCUGACGGCAUACAUUAACUGCUUACUGCAACAACUGCGUCAGUGGUUAUAUCCUUGCAGUUACAACCACGUCAUUUCUUCCAUUAUUAUUUCCGUAUUACAGACAUUAUCAACUUAUAUUAAACAAAUUCCAGAAAUGCAUCAAAGAGAAAAGAUAAUAAACACCAUUUUGCAGUUAACGAAGUUGUUGCAGGAAAUGGUUUAUUCUUUGACUGACCAUCAGAUUCAAGAGAGUCUUUUACAAAAUACCAAUGCCAUUUCUUUUAAGUUGAAUCUUCAUUUAAUGCCAACAAUUAAACUGGCUCGACUUCUGUGGAGUAUAAAUGUCCAGAUCCAAGAGGAUUGUCCUCACUGCUUUUCAAUUUCUAAAAUGAAACUUAUCCUCACGAUAAAGCAAUGUCUUCAACCCAAACAGAAAUCAUUCCAAGGGCUCAACUUCAUUCUCUGUGUUUCAAGAUUUUAUGCUGAAAUCCAAGACCUUUAUGAAAUAGUCCUUCCAAAAGCAUUAAGAAAUGCUGGAACCGAUGAUAUAAUACAAUAUAUUUCAGAAGAAUUCUUUAAAAUUCUUGUUACAUCUGGACAUAUUUUUGAAAUUAAUGAAACCACAUCUGAAGAUCUGUUUGGAAUUAAUGAACCGAGAUCAGAUGGGUGUGAAAAUGUAGAAUAUCCUGAGGUAUCACUUCAACAGAAUGUGUCUACAAAUAUUUCUCGAAGCAGCUUGCUUCAGAGAACAGACUCCAGAAAAUUACCAGAAAAUUUAUCUUCCUCACAGACAUUCCUUUCAAGCAGCACAGAUGUCUUCCAAAUACCAAUAGUUCCUUCUCAAUUAUCUGAAUCAGAAACCUUUCAUUUCAAAAGAAAGGUUCACCAAAAUUGCAAAGAACAGGCCAAGUCCCCUUUAAAAAAUAAUUUUACGGAAUUCAAGUAUACUUCUUUAGGUACACCAAAGAAUUGUUCUUACCCGUCGAGGAACAAUACCAUCAAAAGAGAUGCAAUGUAUACCAUUCGACCUCUUAAUGCCCAAGGAACACAUUUACAGUGGCCAACCUAUUUUAUUUCGGUGGAACCAAAAUUUGAUGUUAAAAAUUCUGAAGAAUUUUUUGACCUCAUAGCAACUUUCUUUAGCCUAAAUUUAUCUCCAGAUGUUAUAUUAGACAUUCUGUCUUACCGUUCCAAGAUUGACUCUGUUGCAAAAGAUUGUAUGUAUAUUCUAAACUCGUAUUUUAAAACAUCGAAAUAAUUAAAAACUUUUAAAGAAUUAAGUUGAACAUUUUUAAAAUUAAAACUUCUGGAAUUUUAGCUGCAUGGCAUGGUGAUGGAUAAUUGUUAAUUAAGGUAAUUAAAUUUGUAACUUUACUCUCACACACACACACCACACACACACACACACACACACACACCUACACAUUUACAUUAUUUAUUUAUAUUGUUUUAUAUAUAAAACAGAAAGUCAUGUAACUUAAAAUUGGUGAGAAGAUUGUUUCAAAUUUUUUAAUGAUUACAAAUUGUUGCUAAUGAAGUAAUUCCUGCAAAUGACUUAACGAUGGCUUUGAUUAUUAUGGUUGUAGCAUGUGAGAUCAUUCUCAAACAUUGUUUUACCCUGUUGUAAUCAUAAAAAUUGAGAGUAGUUUAAGAAUCCAAAAUUUAGGGCUUGUUACAGUAUUUUAAUCAAAUUCCAUUUUCGAAGAGUGCAAGUUAGAUGUCACUGUCACCAUGACAACUGUAGAGGUCUGUGAUAACAUGUGUUCAAGAGAAUAGUGAACAAACACCCAAAUUUUUGUUAUUUCCUUAAAAUAUUCUCUGAUAUCCUUUUAAGAUUUAUCUUCUAUUUUUCACAAAAUUGGUUCCACCACCCACCCACAAACUGUGGAUCUUAGAUCUGAUUGUUGAGUCUCAUGUAUCUGUUAUCUUUAAAUAUACUUCCAAGAUGGGAUCAAGGGAGGGGGUUCACUAAAUUACUAUUUAAUUUACUCUGUUGUUUCCACAUGUUGUUGUUAUUAACAGAAGAAGCUUUUACCAUUUUAUCAAUGUUUAACAAGAACUUGAUCAUAUUUAAAAGCUGUUCUGACUUCAGUCACCUUUGGUGAAUGUAGCUUUGACCAGGAGGAAUUGCUGUCCUAGAACCAUUGAAUGUCUUGACCCAGAACUGUAACACUUGCAAAUUGGUAAGUUGCAAGUGGUGGCCAAAUCACUGCCAAAUCACAUCAUCUCCUGGUUUUCAGCUUAAAUCAUUUCUCUUGCUCAAUAACCAUGUAGAUGCUCUUUCUGCUACUUCUCCAUUCUGCAUACAGCCUCCUUCCACUCUCUCUCUCACUUUUUCUUAUUCUGCUGGCUGUAAGCAUUCUCCAUACUGUGCCAUUUAUUUCCAGUCUUCCAUGGAAACAUGUCUGGUCGUGUGAAAUUACCUUCUUAAUGGGAUGCUAUUUUGUUUCAUUCAUAUCAUAUAUGACUGCUAUUUCUGGCAUGGUGGUGCCUGUUCGGUAUCCUUAAUUAUAAUUUUAUAUAUAUACAUAUAUGGCUGGCGAACCAGAUGG